AUUUAUUAGGAUUAGACUGGAUUGAGAAGGUUGAUACCUUGAAUAAAUUAUUAAAUGAGGUAUGUUCUCAAAAUGCUUCCUUUGAGCCUAUCAAAAUUCCUGAUGAUAUUUCUAAAUCAAAUGCCUCCGAUGUAUCAUGUUCUCUUGAUAUUCAUGAAUUAAAUGCUUCUGAUGAAACAUGCUCUCAUAAUCUUUCUGAAUCAAAUGCUUCCAAUGUAAUGUGUUCUCAUGAUGAUGUUAAAUCGAAUACCUCCGAUUUAGUAUGUUCUCAUAAGAUUCCCAAAUCAAGUUCCUCCGAUGUAACAUAUCCUCACAAUGAUUCCAAAUCAAAUACCUCAGACAAA